AUGUUUCAAGCUGCCCAGGCAAUAGGGUAUACCUUGGAGUCACUUCAAUCGACUCAACACGGCCUCACUGCUCAAUUGAAUCUUGCGGGCGAAGCCUGCAACGCGUUUUCAAACGACAUAGCUAACUUGACUGUCGAAGUUACCUAUGAAACGCAGUCAAGGCUCCAUGUCAACAUCUACGACACCGCGUCGCAGCAGUUCACACUUCCUGAAGCUUACUUCGAGCCUCGGUCCUCUCCUCCAAUCUCGACAUCACCAACGUUCGUCAAUGAAUCCGAUCUCGUGUUCAACUAUGACUCUGCCCCAUUCGCCUUUUGGAUCACACGUCGCUCAGAACCAGACUCCUCUCCCCUGUUCGAUACCCGGAUCUCCUCACUGCCUGAAACUCCAAUUGCUGCGUUCGUCAACUCCACCGUCAAUGGCUCCAGCACCGGAUUUGAUGGGUUCCCUCUCGUGUUCGAGGACCAAUAUCUUCAGCUCACUUCCGCUCUUCCGGUGGAUGCCAACAUCUACGGUCUUGGCGAAGUGGUGUCUAGCAGUGGCUUCCGGAGGGACGUAAGCGUGAAUGGAACAUUGCAGACCAUUUGGGCUCGCGACGACGCGGAUCCUGUCAAUUUGAACAUUUAUGGAUCACACACUGUGUAUCUAGAACAUCGCUUCAAUGAAACCACGAAUACAUCCCAGUCCCAUGGUGUCUUCCUUUCAAGCGCUGCCGGAUCCGACAUCCUCCUUGCGACACCGCCUUCCUCCAACACCUCCCUAAUCCAAUACCGCAUGCUAGGCGGAACCCUUGACUUGUACUUCCUCUCGGGUCCGGAUCCUAAGACUGUGAUCGAACAGUACGGCGAGGUUGUGGGCAAGCCGACUUGGCAGCCUAUGUGGGGCUUUGGUUUCCAUCUCUGCCGUUGGGGAUAUACGAAUUUGUCGGAAUUGCAGGAACAAGUGGAGAACAUGAAAGCUGCGAACAUCCCUCUCGAGACCAUCUGGAACGAUAUCGAUGUCUACCAUUCACUUCGUGACUUUACCUCUGACCCGAUCAGCUAUCCUGGCGACCAAAUGAGGGAAUUCAUCGCGAACCUAACUGCCAAUGGCCAGCAUUAUAUCCCCAUUUUGGACGCAGCUGUCAACCACGCCGCGAACGAUACCGACGUCUACUAUCCCUUCUCGGUCGGCAUAGAGAAGGACAUUUUCAUCAAGAAUCCAGACGGUUCUCUGUAUAUCGGUCAAGUGUGGCCCGGAUAUACUGUGUUCCCAGACUGGUUCGCAGAAAAUACUGAGGAAGUUUGGACGCAAGCCCUCACGAACUGGUCGCUCAAUGGUGUUGAAUUUUCUGGUUUGUGGCUGGACAUGAACGAAGUCAGUUCCUUCUGCGUGGGUUCAUGUGGAACUGGAGCGAACCUCUCGGAUACGUCCGUUCCUAUCACCCUACCCGGAGAACCUGGCAAUCUGGUCGUUGAUUAUCCUGAGGGAUACAACUCCACGAUCUCAGGACCUAGUGGCAAUAUCACCGUCAACGGAACCUUGACAUACGGUGCUGGAGCAGCGCCAUUCUCUGAGCCUGCGAAACGAGCUCUCGGAAAACGCGGUCUAGGAGCAGCCAACGAAACCGAUGUCGACCUUAACAACCCGCCCUACACCAUUCACAACGGUUUCGAGGGCCUCGCCACCCACACGAUUGCUACCAAUGCAACGCAUGCCGGAGGUUACGUUGAGCUCGACACCCAUAACCUUUGGGGAUAUAUGGAGGAACGGGCGACGAACCUUGCACUUAGGCAGAUCCAUCCUGGGCAGCGUCCUUUCAUGAUCAGUCGGUCGACUUUCCCAAGUUCGGGAGCUUGGACUGGACACUGGCUCGGGGAUAACUAUAGCAAGUGGGCGUAUUUGCAGUACAUGAUCUCGGGUGUCCUUCAAUUCCAGUUGUACCAAAUUCCAAUGGUUGGAUCUGACACUUGCGGGUUCAACGGUAACACCGACGAGGAGCUCUGUAACCGCUGGAUGCAAGCUUCAGCCUUCGUACCCUUCUAUCGGAACCACAACGAGCUCAGCGCUCUCUCCCAAGAGCCUUACCGUUGGGAUAGCGUCGCUGAGGCCAGUCGUGUGGCGAUGGCGGUACGGUACUCUAUGCUGCCUUACUGGUACACCUUGUUCGCGAAUGCCUCCACACACGGGACGCCUCCCGUGCGAGCCUUGUUCUAUGAGUUCCCGAACGAGCCAGAACUCUUCAGCGUCUCCCUGCAAUGGAUGAUUGGAAGCGACAUCUUGGUUUCCCCAGUGACAACUCCGAACGUCUCCACUGUUGACGCUGUAUUCCCCGGCCGCGGCACUGAAACCUGGCGUGACUGGUACACUCACGAAGCUGUGAACGCCACAUCGAGUGGCACCACCACUCUUUCGGCUCCAUUGGGCUACAUCCCAGUCCACAUCCGCUCCGGAGCUGCUAUCCUUCUUCACUCCCAACCUGGAUACACGACCAACGAGACGCUCCAAUCUCCUUACUCCCUUCUCGUCACACUCUCCUCUGACGGCUCUGCCUCCGGGUCCGCGUAUAUCGACGAUGGAAUCACCAUGCCCACCGAAAACAGCACGGUCUCCAACCGGACGCUUACUUUCUCCGUCAACGGCGGGAGCUUGAGCAUCGCCAGCCAAGGCGACUGGCAGGUCUCGCAGAAGUUGGAUAUUUUGACUGUGCUCGGAGUCGCAAGCCAGCCGACCGUGGUCAACGUGGGAGGGACGAACGUGUCGAGUGGCCUGACGUAUGAGAGUGGAGUGCAGAGGUUGAAUGUGACGGGGUUGGGAUUGGAUCUCAAUGCGGAGGGUCCGAUUGUCGUGAGUUGGAGUUGA